GUUUUUCAAUCCGAAGGCUGCAGCCUCCUGAGAGCGCAAAUGCACAGUAUCCACGCUGCAUACGUCAUUAAGCCUGGUUUAUUUAGUUAAAUGAGCAUUACAUUCGCAAAGCAUAGGCAUAUUACAACAAUUUACGAUUAAGUAAGAAUAAUAGUCAACUUAAUAAUUGUUAAUAUUUUGAAAUAAGACAAUCUUGAUGACGUAUGCAGUCUCCAAAUGCAACCUCCGGAGGCUGCAGCCUUCAGAUUGAGAAACGGCCUAUGUGCAGCAAACACUGAAGUCAUUUCCGUCAGUGACGUCACGGAAGCCCGGAUGACCAAGAGCCUGACAGAAUGGAGAGCGCGGCAAAUGAGAUCGUGUUUAAAAAGGAAACCAUCAGCAAACUUUUGACACUGUUUUUCAAAGAAGACAAAACUAAAGUCAGUAGUGAUGCUGUUAUACUGGUGGGUGAGAUGCUGAAAGUGUUUGUAGAAGAGGCGACACGUCGAUCAGUUAAACAGGCCAUGAAUGAAGACUGUGAUACAGUUAAUAUUGAGCACUAUGAAAAGAUUUUACCCCAGCUGGAGCCGAGGAGGGCGCCACGUGUGCACUAAAAAGAAAGAAGGAAGCCACGAUCAGAACUAAAGGAAGAGAAAAUACUUACCGAGGACGAAGGAGCUCCGUCCUUUCCCCUUGGCCCCCUUCUCUCCCCCUGCAAAGAAGAACACGCCAGAGAUUAUUUUAAAUUCCCCUUUCCCAUCUUGAUUUUAAUUAAUUUAAAUAAAGCUUGGUUUUUAACUUUCACUUA